AUGACCUUGGGCCAUGCUUCUCCAGGCAUCGGUCUCGUGAAAGUCAAGCGAGGAGCCUCCCCAGCCCUCGUUGCUGCAGGCACGUUUCCAGCAUUGCUGCAGGCCUGCCCAGCUUUGAACAUGGGGUUGCGUGAUGUUUUAGCAAGAACUCCAACACCGUACAAGGUGUUGGCUCGUAGCUCGGCAGACUGCAAGGCAGGUGUGCAGGGUCUGUGGCAGGCGGAGCAUCUGUGUUGUGAGUGCUUAAGAUGCUGUGGGAGGAGAGACCCAAGGCCUCGUACUGUUUGGCUUGGCCAUCCGGAGAAGAGAGACCAGAGAUACCCUCGCAAUGUGAUCAACAAUCAGAAAUACAACUUUUUUACGUUUCUCCCUGGGGUGCUGUUUAACCAGUUCAAAUACUUCUUCAACCUUUAUUUCCUGCUUCUGGCCUGCUCUCAGUUUGUCGUUGAAAUGAGGCUUGGUGCCCUUUACACAUACUGGGUUCCUCUGGGCUUUGUGCUAGCUGUUACCGUCAUCCGAGAGGCGGCGGAGGAGAUCAGAUGCUACAUGCGCGACAAGGAAGUGAACUCGCAGAUCUACAGCAAGCUCACAGCGAGAGGGACUGUGAAGGUGAAGAGCUCUAAUAUACAAGUAGGCGACCUCAUCAUUGUUGAAAAGAACCAGCGGGUCCCUGCUGACAUGAUCUUCCUGAGGACGUCGGAGAAGAAUGGGUCUUGCUUCCUUCGCACUGACCAGCUGGAUGGUGAGACGGACUGGAAGCUGCGGCUGCCUGUUACCUGUACUCAGAGACUGCCAACUGCUUCUGACCUACUGCAAAUCCGAUCCUAUGUAUAUGCAGAAGAACCCAAUAUUGAUAUUCAUAAUUUUGUGGGGACCUUCACAAGGGAGGACAGUGACCCUCCAGUAAAUGAAAGUUUAAGCAUAGAAAACACCCUAUGGGCCAGCACAGUGAUUGCAUCAGGUACUGUUGUGGGAGUUGUCCUCUACACUGGAAGGGAGCUGCGCAGUGUGAUGAAUACUUCAAACCCAAGAAGUAAGAUUGGUCUUUUCGAUUUGGAAGUGAACUGUCUUACCAAGAUCCUGUUUGGGGCGCUCGUGGUGGUCUCGCUUGUCAUGGUGGCCCUUCAGCACUUUGCUGGCCGUUGGUAUCUUCAGAUCAUAAGAUUUCUCCUUCUAUUCUCAAACAUCAUUCCCAUUAGUUUACGUGUGAAUCUGGACAUGGGGAAAAUUGUCUACAGCUGGGUGAUCCGCAGAGAUUCCAAAAUCCCCGGAACUGUCGUUCGAUCCAGCACCAUUCCCGAGCAGCUGGGGAGGAUAUCCUAUUUGCUUACAGACAAAACAGGAACUCUUACGCAGAACGAGAUGGUCUUCAAGCGACUUCACCUGGGAACAGUCGCUUACGGCCUGGACUCCAUGGAUGAAGUGCAGAGCCACAUAUUCAGUAUAUACACGCAGCAAUCUCAAGACCCACCUGCGGUGAAGGGCCUGACCUUAGCCACUAAGGUGCGCAAGACCAUGAGCAGCCGAGUGCACGAGGCGGUGAAGGCAAUCGCGUUGUGCCACAACGUGACGCCGGUGUACGAGUCCAACGGGGUGACAGACCAGGCUGAAGCCGAGAGACACUACGAGGAUUCCUGCAGGGUCUACCAGGCCUCCAGUCCCGAUGAGGUGGCCCUGGUCCAGUGGACCGAGAGCGUGGGUUUGACGCUGGUGGGCAGGGACCAGUCCUCCGUGCAGCUGAGGACACCGGGUGGCCACAUCCUGAACUUCACCAUCCUCCAGAUCUUCCCCUUCACUUACGAGAGCAAGCGCAUGGGGAUAAUUGUUCGGGAUGAAUCAACAGGAGAGAUCACCUUCUACAUGAAGGGGGCUGAUGUGGUGAUGGCUGGGAUCGUGCAGUACAACGACUGGCUGGAAGAGGAGUGUGGCAACAUGGCUCGGGAAGGCCUGAGGGUUCUUGUUGUAGCCAAGAAGUCUCUGACGGAAGAGCAGUAUCAAGACUUUGAAGCACGCUACGUCCAGGCGAAGCUGAGCGUGCACGACCGCUCCCUGAAGGUAGCCACAGUCAUCGAGAGCCUGGAGAUGGAGAUGGAGCUGCUGUGUCUCACUGGCGUGGAGGAUCAGCUGCAGACGGACGUCAGACCCACUCUGGAGACGCUGAGAAAUGCCGGCAUUAAGGUGUGGAUGCUGACAGGGGAUAAGUUAGAGACAGCCACGUGUACAGCCAAGAACGCACAUUUGGUGACGCGGACACAGGACAUCCAUAUAUUCAGACUAGUGACUAACCGUGGAGAAGCCCAUCUAGAGCUGAACGCCUUCCGCCGGAAACACGACUGUGCUCUUGUUAUUUCUGGCGACUCACUCGAGGUGUGUCUGAAAUACUACGAGUAUGAGUUCAUGGAGCUGGCUUGCCAGUGCCCUGCCGUCGUGUGCUGCAGAUGUGCUCCGACGCAGAAGGCCCAGAUUGUGCGCUUGCUCCAGGAACGGACCGGCAAACUCACCUGUGCAGUAGGUGAUGGAGGGAAUGAUGUUAGCAUGAUUCAGGAGGCUGACUGUGGUGUUGGAGUUGAAGGAAAGGAAGGAAAACAGGCAUCGCUUGCAGCUGAUUUCUCUAUUACUCAAUUUAAACAUCUGGGUCGUUUACUAAUGGUGCAUGGAAGGAACAGUUACAAACGGUCUGCAGCUCUCAGUCAGUUUGUAAUCCACAGGAGCUUGUGCAUCAGUACAAUGCAGGCUGUUUUCUCAUCAGUAUUUUACUUUGCUUCAGUUCCUCUCUACCAAGGCUUUCUCAUCAUUGGGUACUCCACAAUUUACACGAUGUUUCCAGUGUUUUCUCUAGUCCUGGACAAGGAUGUUAAAUCUGAAGUUGCAAUGUUGUACCCAGAGCUCUACAAAGAUCUUCUUAAGGGACGACCAUUAUCAUACAAAACAUUUUUAAUAUGGGUCUUAAUAAGCAUCUAUCAAGGUAGCAUCAUCAUGUAUGGAGCACUCCUCCUCUUUGAAUCCGAAUUUGUCCACAUUGUUGCCAUUUCCUUCACAUCCUUGAUUCUCACCGAGUUGCUGAUGGUGGCGUUGACGAUCCAGACAUGGCACUGGCUCAUGAUAGUGGCUGAGCUGCUUAGUCUCUCCUGCUACAUAGCUUCUCUGGUCUUCUUACAUGAGUUUAUUGAUGUUUACUUCAUUGCAACUUUGUCAUUCUUAUGGAAAGUCACCGUCAUCACUCUGGUGAGCUGCCUUCCCCUCUACGUCCUGAAGUACCUGAGACGAAGGUUUUCUCCCCCAAGCUAUUCGAAGCUCACGUCCUAG